AUGAAGAAAGAAGGGGAAAGAAAGUCCGAUUUCUUGAUUUCUGAUUUCAUGGGCGUUGACACAUGUAUUUGUACAUCGAUGAAGAUGAGAAGGAAAGUACGAAGUGGCUGCAAGGUCCAAUGGAUGUCGAUCGAUUGCAGGCUAAGGAAAGCACGAAGCGGCUGCAAGGUUCCUCAUUCCCUGGUGGAUAUUCUUCAACAGCUCAGCCAAGCUUUUGCUAACGCAUAUGAUUCCUUGAUGAAAGCCUACUUAGAACAUAAUAAGUUUGGUAAUCUUCCAUAUGGUUUUCGGGCGAACACUUGGUUGGUUCCUCCAUCCAUUUUGGACUCAGAAUCAAACUUCCAGCCACUUCCAUCAGAAGAUGAAAACUGGGGUGGUAAUGGUGGAGGCCAAGGGAAAAAUGGUCAACAUGACCAUAUACCAUGGGCCACAGAGUUUGCAAUGUUAGCCAACCUUCCUUGCAAGACUGAGGAAGAAAGGGUGAUUCGUGAUCGAAAGGCAUUCUUGCUUCAUAGCUUGUUUGUUGAUGUCUCUAUCUUUAAAGCUGUUUCAACCAUACGCAAAGUCAUAGAUUCUGUUGCAACAUCAAACUGUUCUCCAGGAUCAAUAGUACGUGAUGAUCGUGUGGGGGACUUGUUUAUUACAGUGAGGCGUGAUGCAGCUGAUGCAAGCUCAAAGUCAGAAGUGAAGGUAGUUGGUGUUGGAUCUCCUACCAUGUCUUCUGAUGAAGUUGUUAUAACAAAUUUACUCAAAGGAAUAACAGCAGAUGAGAGUGCAGUAGUCCAUGUAACAACUGUAAAGAUUGUUGGUGACAUCAAAAAGGCAAAGUUCAUAUCACAAGAUAUAUCGAUUGAUGAUCAACCAGAAAGUGGAGCUAAUUCCCUUAACAUUAACAGCUUAAGGGCUCUGCUUCCCAACUCAAGAGAUGUGGAAUUGUCAGGAUCCCUGUCAUCUGAACAGGGGAAUUUUGAAGCUUCAAGGUGUUUGGUUGAACAGGGGAAUUCUGAUUCUGUCAUAAUAGAAUCUUGAAGAUGAACAUUGUAUGGAAUGAAGAUGAACAAUGACCACCGAUCUUCCAAAAAGAAUGGAUUAUUCUACCAGAAUAAUAUACAAUAUAAUGAAAAACAAAUAAAUGUAAUAGUAUAUUCUGGUAGAAUGAUUUAUAUAUGGUGUUUUUUGUUAUUAAUAAGUGUAACAUUCUCAUAGAA